GUCUGUCUGUCUGUCUCCGUAUCAUUUCACUCACUUGUUGUUGUUUGUUGUCCUGCCUAUAUUAUACUGUCUAGCUCGCUAGUCUGCUGAUAAACAGUAAUAUUUGUUAUUUUGAAGUAAUUAACGUUCAUGUGAGGAGAUUAGAAGCUAAUUUAGAAUGGCUUCUACGAAUGACGCCUACAAAAAUUUUGUGGGUACCGUGGUUGAAAUCAUCAAUCGGUACAAAGCUGUGGUUGAAUUCCAAGAUCUUGGACCCAAGCAAAGGGCUUUACUCAAGGUUGAGAAGCUCACUUGUAGACCUAACAUUAACAAAGAUGGUUCAAACGACCACCCUAUUACUGACUUUGUAUCAAUUGGAACAACUGUUCGAUGUUUAUGCCACAAAGUAAAUAAUGCUGGUGAUCAAAAGUACUCUUGGUAUGUUGCUGAUGUGCUUUCGGUUGGUAUUACUUUAACAGAUUCCUCUAUGGUCACUGGUCUUUGUCCACCAAUGCUCAAUAGAAUUGGAUAUGUGUCUCACCUCGACAAACGAAUGGGUAUUAUUUCUUACAAAGACAAAGAUAAUGAUGUACCCCAGGAUAUUCUGUUCAUAGCAAGCAAAUUUUAUGAUGGGGGCAAGCGAGCAAAAACAAAGCAACCUCUAGACAAAGUUCUUUCUGUUAACGAUAAAGUGAAUUUCGAUGCUGUUCCAACUGACCCAGAAGAAAACGAUCAUAAUUGUUCUUGGUUUGCCCCCCUAGUAUGGAAACGAUCAAAACCUCAUACGGAUUAUGAUUCUCCUAUUCAAGAUACUGACCCAAACCUUGGACAGAUCAAAACUGUUAUCAGAAAUCCCAAGUCUCAAUUCAUCCGAGGAAAAGGACAGAUAAUGCACAUUCUUAGUGAAGAAUAUGGCAUUGCCUUGGGUGCUGUUAACUUAAAACAAACUCAUUGGCAAAGUAUAUUAUUUCAUCGUUCCUGUGCCUCUGUUUUUAAACAUAGCCUGAGCAAUACAGAUCUUUAUCAGGUCUUUAAAGAGGGUGAUAAAAUUCGUUUUGUUGCUGCUGUAGCACCUAAAGGUUUUAGUGCUCAGUGGGUGGCUUCUCACAUUAGCAUUGAUGUUGUAGGAGAAGCAAAACAAUUAGUUGAGAAUGUUUUGUAGAUCCUAUGUUUCCUUGUUAAUUUAUGGAUUUAUAAAUAUUGUUUCAUACAUAGCUGUUCAUUUGAUGUUAUUUUCAUUCAUGCUCUCUUCCAAGUUUUAUUUUAAAUUUGGUUUAAAUGAGCUUAAUACAUUAUUUUCAUUACAUCAGGAAUGAGGGUUUUUUCCUUCUUUUUUUCAGUUAUUAUAAUUCUUUUGACCAAGAACAAUUUCUUUUAUUUAUUGAUAUUUUUUGUACUAAAGCAGCGUAUGUUUCAUGUGAUUAUUACAAUAUAGUUAAUUAAGUGAGCAGCUGGUUACUACUUUCUGUUUUUCAUGUCUGUAAUUCUUCACCUUUGAAUCAGUACACUAUAACAUGACAGAUUGCUCUUCAUUAUCAUUGUAAGCAAAUGUGUUUGUUCUGUUGAAAUUAGUAUUAUUUUGAUAACUUGUG